UGAAAUUCUGUGCCAGGAGCAAAGGCAACAUGAACCUCAUGCUUCUCUGCUUUCUCCUGCCACUGGUGUUGGUAGCCAGGGGCCAAUACGGUGACUACCGGUAUCAGUAUCAUGACUAUGGUGAUGAAGGCUGGGUGAAUCUGAACCGACAAGGCUUCAGUUUUCAAUGUCCCCAUGGGCAGGUGGUGGUGGCUGUGAGAAGCAUCUUCAGUAAGAAGGAGGGUUCGGAUAGGCAGUGGAACUACGCCUGCCUGCCCACCCCCCAGAGUCUUGGGGAGCCGACAGAAUGCUGGUGGGAGGAGAUCAACAGGGCUGGAAUGGAAUGGUACCAGACAUGCUCCAGCAAUGGCCUGGUGGCUGGGUUCCAGAGCCGGUACUUUGAAUCAGUCCUAGACCGAGAAUGGCAGUUUUAUUGUUGCCGUUACAGCAAGAGGUGUCCAUACUCAUGUUGGUUGACAACUGAAUACCCAGGACACUAUGGUGAAGAGAUAGACAUGAUUUCCUACAAUUAUGAAUACUAUAUGCGGGGAGCAACAACUACUUUCUCAGCAGUAGAAAGGGACCGUCAGUGGAAGUUCAUAAUGUGUCGGAUGACAGACUACGACUGUGAAUUUGAAAAUGUUUAGAAUGUCACAUAGCAAAGCUGGCUGGAGAAACAAGGACCUGGGGAGAAUCCAAAGCCUAUCUAUUCAUCAGCAGACCAGCAGGAGCUCCAGCAGAAGGAACUGGUCUUCUCUCUUUCCCUUUCUGAGUGUUACUGCUACAUCAGCCCAUUUGGUCUUUCUGCCUAAUACCAUCAUUCUAAUUAAACCCAUAGAUUUCAUUAACUCUUCUUUCUCAUUGUUGAUGCUUUGAUUGGAGACCAUCUUAUAUGUCUGUUAAUGGCUUCCUGUAUUAUAUCAUGUAUGCAUUACAGCUGUUCCCUAUGCUACAAGAGUCUAUUUUUAUGGAGUACCUGCUAUUAUCUGCAAACAAUUAAUAUUAAGAACUAUAGCAUAAGCAGAAAGAAGGGGCAGAGGGUUCUAGGUGGGGGAUGAAGAUCAUAUCCAAUCAUCAUCUAGUUGAAUCAAACUUUUUCCCAUCAUUCUAUCCUAACCAGGAAUGUCUUCUUGCCAUGUUGCACCACAAUGGGGUAUUUGAAUUCUGUGCUCUGGUAGUGAUGAGGAUAGAAAGGAAAUCAGGGGAGGCUCAAGGAUUUGAAUAGAGAAAAUAAUAAUAAUUCCUGUCUUUGGGAGAGAGAGAUGAAUUAUUAUGCCUGAUAAUAAUGGUGUGUGUGUGUGUGUGUGUGUGUGUGUGAGAGAGAGAGAGAGAGAGAGAGAGAGAGAGAGAAGAAAAGAGAAAAGAAUAAAUGGGAACCAGACUUGGGGAGAUAAAAAGAUAUAGUUGAUGAAGAUAACAUACAGGGAAAAGAACAAAGAGAGAACUUGACAAUUAUGAUCAGCUAGGAAUUCUGGGGUGACAAGCAAGGGAGUUCUUAUCACCAUCAGUGUUUGAGGUCAUUCCAAUAAAGUUCUGUUUUGGAAAGAUGGAAGGAGAGAGGACAUAGAAAGGCACAUAGGAGAUAUUUCCUAGGAUAGCUGCCUUACUAAACUGGUUGUCUGAGACAUUCUUCUCUUGUAAGAAGGAAUUCAUAUGCCCUUAGCUGUGGUUGGAAAAUGGACCUUGGGAACAGGACCGUUUCUCUAUAUAGUACAGGAUUUUUUGACAAAUGAUAAUCAUAGAUGUGGGAAACAUUAUAAUUUCUCUACCUUCAUUCCAACCCCACCUCCAACCAUCUUUGGUAUCUAUCACUUGGUACAAUGAUAAAAACCAUAAACAGAAUAAACAAACUACUAAGUAAAAAAUCCA